AUGAAAGAGGAUAUAAAACAGAACCACGCUUAUCGUCCAUGGGAGUCUCCCCAAUGGAAAGAAAUGCUGUCUCGCUGCACAGCCUUGGAAAUGUUUCUUUUUAAGACACCGUUGCCAUUGGAACCUGAAGACAGUUAUCUGCUCAAGCCCACAGUAGAAAGAAUUCUAGGAGAAUGGGAAUUGAAAUCUUUGCCGCGUCUCUUGAAAUUUUAUCUAUUUCAGGGUCACGACGAGGAUUCUUAUAUCGAGGAUUAUUAUUGGGAGGGCUCUAAUGAGCUAAUUUGGCGUACUUUAGAGGACAAUAAGUGGACUCAGGACCAAAAUGAGCGAUGGGAGAUGCAUCUCCUAACACUUAUUUUUGGUCCUAAAAAGGAAGGGCUGUAA